AUGGAAGAAACUAUCGAGAGACUGCUAAAGCAACAGCAGGACUUUUUAGUGGACGUAUUGAGUACAAAUAGAGCAUGGAUGAUUGUACAAUUGGAAGAGCAAAAAACAAUUCUUGCUAAAAUGCAAGAAAAUCCUCAUGACCUGCUUCGAGACAUUUUAGUUUUGAAUUCGCCACAUGAACCGGUACGCACUGCAGCACUACAAAAGCCUAAUCCGGCACUCGCAGAUGUUAUAGCUAUAGCCGAAAGCUAUGAAACAACACAGGCCAUGAAAAAUCGGAUGUCAUCUAGCACAGCAGAACGCAGCGAAGUAUUUCAGCUGAAACAGCACCAAGCUGAAAAAAAGCUUAAGCCAAGCGCAAGCAAGAGUAACUGUUUUCAAUCCUGCUCUGGGUGCGGGAAGCACCACUCCAGAAGCCAAUGCAAAUUUCGUAAUGCACAAUGCCGAAAGUGCAAUCGUUUCGGCCAUAUCGCACCAGUUUGUAAAGCACAAAGUGCAAUUACCGACAUUAAAAAUAAUAAAAAGGAGAAGCAACCGCAGACUAACAACAAUAACGCUCAGCGAAGUGUGUCAACGAUCAACUUUGUUGCUUCAAUUACGAGCACCGUGCCAAACAAAGUAGGAAACAAAUAUCUGUUUGAAAUAGGGGUGAAUGAAGUACCGGUCAAGUUUCAGAUGGAUACCGGCGCCACUUGCUCCGUGAUUGGCUUAGAUGCAUAUAAUGAAAUUGGAAAGCCAAGUCUUACUCCCUGUCCAACUGGUAAGCUAAUCGCGUAUGGGGGAAGUGCUGUAAGCAUUUUGGGAACUAUUGAUGUCACUAUUCAUCAUGGGAAAAUUAAACGGCUAGUGAAACUUGUUGUAGCUAAUGUUCAGCAAAAUAGUGAAAUCCUUGGAACGGAUUUGCUAGAAGAAUUGGGAUUAUGCGCGUGCCAAGCACAUCACGUAAACGCCGUUACGACGGAUCCUAACGAAAAUAUCGAAGGGCUUUUGAAAAAAUUUGCAGAUGUGUUUGAAGGCACGUUGGGUUAUUGCACAAUUUCAAAAGCUGAGUUACGGUUAAAACAUGAUGCGACACCUAAGUAUUUCAAAUCUCGCCCUAUACCUUUCGCGCAAUUGAAUGACGUCAAAUUAGAGGCACAGCGUCUAACGGACUGCGGGAUAUGGAAACCAAUUACGUUCAGCAAAUGGGCAGCACCCAUCGUAGUGCUCGAGAUAGAUCACUACCCAAUACCCCGCAUUGAAGAACUGUGCCGCAAGCAAGGAGGCACAAUCUUCGCCAAAAUUGACCUUUCAGACGCAUACUUGCAAGUGGGUCUGACCGAAGAAGCGAAGCAGCUAAUGGUCGUUAAUACCCCAUUGGGCUUGUUCCAGUAUCAACGCCUGCCGAUGGGAGUGGGCAGCGCUCCGGCCCUAUUUCAGAAGCUAUUGGAACAAGUCAUUGAAGGUAUUCCGAUGUGUAUUAUUUAUCUUGACGAUAUAUUAGUAGCUGGUAAGUCAGUACAAGAGUUAUUGGAAAAUUUGCAAUCAGUAUUCGAGCGACUGCAAGCUUCUGUGAUGAUACAACGCCUUCAGCGCUGGGCAUUACUGCUCAUGUCCUAUCCGUAUACUAUACGAUAUAGGCCAACGGAUAAGCUUUGUAGCGCAGACGCUCUGUCACGGCUUCCAGUAGGGCCGGAUGCCGAGUUCGACCAAAGUGAAGCAUGCAUGCAGGUCGAAUCUGACCUAACUGCAUCACCACUUAAUGUCCAACAUCUGGCAAACCUAACUGCAAAGGAUCGCACUCUUAAACAAGUGUGGCGAUUCAUCGAAAAGGGGUGA